CACCAGAACGGCGGUGGCGCGCCGCCGCCGCCCUCCUCCUGGAAGAACAGCUACGUACCGGCCUACAGCAAUGGCAAGAGCAAUGGACAGCCGCUGGAGCCGCUGGCCGUCCAGCCGAAGACGGACGUGACGCAGACGCAGGAGCGUGGCCAGUGGGCCUCCAAGUGGGAGUUCAUCUUCUCCUGCAUUGGCCUGUCGGUCGGCAUCGGCAACGUGUGGCGCUUCCCCUACCUCGCCUACGAGAACGGCGGCGGAGCGUUCCUGAUUCCGUACGUCAUCAUCCUGUUCCUGGUGGGGAAGCCGAUGUACCUGAUGGAGACGGCCAUCGGCCAGUACAGCCAGCUGGGGCCCGUCUCCAUGUGGAAGAUGGCGCCCGUCAUGAAAGGCGUGGGAGCGGCCAUGGUCGUGAUGUCGGUGAUCGUCGCCAUCUACUACAACGUCAUCAUGGCAUACACGCUGUUCUUCACGUUCGCCUCAUUCCAGUCUGGCGCCGCGCCCUGGAGCGAGUGUCAUGAUUGGUUCGCUGACGACAACUGUUUCGUGCGUAACUCUUCCUUCCCGGCAUGCAAGUACCUAGUAUUGCAGAACAUCACCAACUUCACAGCCGGCGUCACCUGCCACACCAAGACCGAGCUGGCCUCCGAACAGUACUUCAAAAACUACGUGUUGCGUGUGACGGACGUCGGCCUGGAGACGCCGGGCGUCAUUGGCGACAUCAACUGGCAGCUGGCGCUGUGCCUGCUGCUCUCAUGGAUCAUCGUCUUCCUCUGUCUGAUGAAGGGCGUCAAGAGCUCGGGCAAGGUGGUGUACGUGACAGCCACACUGCCCUACAUCUUCCUGAUCGCCAUCCUGGCGUACGGCUGCACGCUGCCCGGCGCCAUCGAAGGCGUCAAGUUCUUCUUCAUCCCCGAGUGGGAGAAGCUCAAGGACAUCAACGUAUGGCAGAAGGCGGCUGAGCAGAUGUUCUUCUCGCUGAGCGUGUCCUGGGGAGGCAUCAUCAUGUUCGGCUCCUACAACAAGUUCAACAACAAGGUGCACAUCGACGCCAUGCUGAUCACCUCGCUGGACUUCAUCACCUCCAUCAUCGCGAGUGUGGCCGUCUUCAGCAUCAUGGGCUCAAUGGCCCAGUCUGCAGGAGUCAAGGUGGACCAGGUGGUCAAGUCAGGCCAGGGCCUGGCCUUCAUCGCUUUCCCAGAGGCCAUCGGCGCAGUGCCCGGCUGGCAGAUUUGGUCCGUCCUCUUCUUCAUCAUGCUCUUCACCCUCGGGCUCGACACGGAGUUUGCCCUGCUGGAGACGGUGACUACUGCCGUCUACGACGCGUUUCCGUCCACAAGAAAGAGCAAGGCGCUCGUCACCCUCAUCGCCUCCAGCUCCUGCUUCUUGAUGGGGCUGCCGUGCGUCUCCCAGGCGGGCCCGUACAUCCUGCACCUGAUGGACAACUUCGGCGGCCUGGGCGUCAUGGUGAUCGCCGUGUUCGAGCUGGUCGGCAUCAUGUGGGUGUACGGCGUGCGGCGCUUCGCCGACAACCUCCAGUUCAUGGUCGGCUUCCGACCCAGCAUCUUCUGGAAGGUCUGCUGGGCGUUUGUGUCGCCCGUGAUGCUGGCGUCCAUUUUCGCGUACUCCAUGUACGAAUAUAAGCCGCCCACGUACGGCGACUACGAGUUCCCAGAGUGGGCCAUUUACGUCGGCUGGGGCCUGGUCGGCGUCUCCCUGGUGCAGAUACCGCUCUGGGCACUGUGCACCAUGCUCUACUACCUCUGCAGAUGGAGGCCGAAGCAGGCGUUCCAGCCGCUACCCAGCUGGGGGCCCGGCGACAGGGAGGCGCGCAGCAGACUGCUGGCGCUCCAGCACCAGAUGCACCAACGGGACCGGCUGCGUGGCCUCGACAACCACGCCAUGGAGCUGGAGCGAGUAUAGGCCCGCUGCGGCAUGCGCCGAACGUCCUAGGUGCUGUGCAUAGGUGGCGC